UGCUAGUCGAAAUAUUUGAUUAUCAGUGCAAUACUGAAUUUGGUAUCAAUAUACCGAUGCGAAUAGUCUGUUUUGUAGAUAGUAUGAGUUAGUGCGAUAUCGCGGUAGGACGGGACUCGGCGGCUCCCGCGCAUCCCGGGAAGUCCAGCACUGCCAACAUGACGAAAAAUAACCUGCUAAUUAUUGCUGGCAUUGCCACCUUGCUGCAAGGCGCGGUCCAGCUGCUGGCGUCCGCCUGGGCGUUGGCCGAGUACUUCUGUGUCUUCAACCUGCUCCGGGACCUGCCCAUACUCAUCUACUUGCGCAUACUUUACUUCCAUAACCCAACUUGCUCGACCCGCGUCACGAUUGGUCCAUACAUCGACGGCAUGAGCAACCAGGCGUUCGUGCUGCUGACCAGCCAAUCAGUGCCCGUCUACCGCACCUUCCUCGUCAACUCCGUAUACCUGGGGCUCAGCGUCGUCUGGAUGGCCACUAGUGCUGUCCUCAUCUUGGGGGGCGCCCGCGACAGCCGCUCGCUGCACGUGCGCUGGCCGUGGAUGGUGGUCAUGGUGGUCACCUUCGCUGUGGAUAUCUGCGCUUCUGUCACCUAUAUUACUGACAGCUUCCAUACAAGGACUCUGGCCGAACUAGUCCACUUCGUGGGCGGCACCCUAAGCGGGGCGGCCGGGGUCACCGCCGACUCCUCGUGGACCGCCUGGGUCAUGGUCAUGGUCUACUGCCGGCUGAUCGUCGUGCUGCUGUUCAACCUGUUCCUGCUCGUCUGCAUCCUUGUCGACUGCGGAAUACCUGCGCAUUUUGAUUGGAAUCAAACGCUGCCACCGCCGUCGUCCAGCAAGCGGCGCGGAGACCCCGAGAACCCCGAAGACCCCGAGGAGCCCGAGACGAGGAUCCCGCGAGUGAGCAUCCUCCGCCGGGUGCCCACGUGGCUGGGCCGCUCGCCGCCCGCCCGGGAGCCGCCGCGGUUCUACCGGCGACCUUCUACGCCUGACAUGAUGGACUCCCCUGACAGGACUCCUCCUCUAUCUGUGCCCGGGACCCCUGAGCUGCCCAAGAAGCGUUCAGUAAACUUCCCAGAGAACCUGCUGUCUCUGCCCCAGCGGCUGGAGAACAUGAUCGUGCAGCAGCAGAAGAGGCUCGACUCGGCUGUGGUGGACACUUCUGGAAGGUCGGCGACCCCGAGUCCUCAAGACAUGCCGACGAUCCACCAAGCUCUGAACUCUGCCACCGCCACCUCGACAGCUGUCGUCACUGCCCCAGGGACCGCCUCCUCCCAUGUUGACUCUAAAGGCCGUCGCAACACAGCCAUCGAGCUUCAAGGCCAGCUGCCGUGGACCUACAUCCCGCCGACCACCCACCACAUGCGGGACCAGCUGCCCCCUGAUGAGGAGCUGCCUCCAGUGCCGGUGCCCGACUACACGCUACACCCCAAGUACAGGAAGGCGUCGGUGCACCGAGCGGGGUCGACGGUGAGCCAGGGCCCGCGCCCUCAAAACUACUACCGCCCGUCGCAUCGAUGUAAGUUACAUCACAGCAAAUAAUGGAGUCGGACGUAUUGUACUAGAAGAUGGCAGCGUCAUACAUUUCCCGUUUUACCAUUAGCUUAGAAGUAAUCACUAAGUACUUAUUAUUAUUAGUUAGUUAUUAGUACCUAUAUACCUAGUAAUUUGCUAAUCAACCAAACAUUGGGGAGACAUAUCCAAGCCUAUCUGAGUACCAUGACUAGCCAAGCCUGGAGUUGGAUGAGUCAGAGAUCAUACAGAUCAGUUUCUUAACUUACCCAGACGUAAGUUAAGAAAAAUCAUUGCUAGGGUAGGGUUGUCGAAUUACAAUCCAACAUUGGCAGAAUCCAAAAAUUAUAAUUUAACAAGUUAACCCAAUAGCCACAUAUGGUACUUACUACAAUGGUAUUCAAAAAUUGAAUUCUGAUAUUUCGAGAAACUUAUACAAAAAUUCUUUAUGGCAGAUAUAUAUUUGGAAAGACGGGUGCAUUCCCCUAGUAUAGGAGUUCGCUCAAAUGGCUCAAUGCUACAUCCCUGCUACGAUACAGUUCCCAUUGAAUACAAAAUUAAUGAUAUAUUAUAAUAUGUUAUAAAAAAACUCAAUAUUACGGCUUUUUUGUAUUGGUCUUAAUUCAAUAAUAGGCAAGUCACUGGCUUUACAAUGGUAAUUUAAAUUUAUAAACUUACCCCCUUAUUCAUAAAGGAGUUACAGAACGUUUUAACUAAUAAACU